GGUUUCUAAAUAAUAUAGAAUUUUAAAAUCGUCCCACCUUUAAAUAUUUCUGAAAAUGUCGGAAACCCAGACCCAGAGUAACACAGAGCCUCAAGAUAAACACGAGUUGCAACGGUCCGAAUACCGAGUAAGAAUAGCUCCCCUGCCAACAAUUAAUAUCAUUUGGAGCCACUUGACCACACUGUACGGAAUUUAUCUCAUACUUUCCGGCCAAGUUGGUUGGAGGACGCUCAUCUUUACCUGGAUUUAUGGGCUAUGCUCCCAAAUUGGAGCACAUGCAGGAGCACACCGACUUUGGUCGCACAGAUCGUACAAGACCAAGCUUCCUUUGACGUUACUAUUGAUUUGGUGGCAGACGAUAAGUGGGCAGAACUCGGCCUACGAAUGGGCUCGUGACCACCGAGUUCAUCACCUUUACUCGGAAACGGACAGUGACCCACAUAACGCCUCGCGUGGCUUCUUCUUCGCCCACAUCGGCUGGAUCAUGGUUCGCAAACAUCCCGACGUUAUCGCCAAAGGGAAACGUCUCGACCUUUCCGACCUCGAAAAUGACCCCAUCGUCAUGUUUCAAUACAGGCAUUACAAAAUCUUGGCAGCCAUUCUCGCCUUCAUUGGACCCAUGCUGGUUCCAUGGUAUUUUUGGGGAGAAAGUUUCCACAACGGUUUCGUCAUGGUGAUUGUCCGAUACGUGGUCAGUCUCCAUAUGACGUUCCUUGUCAACUCGUGGGCACACUUGUAUGGCGUCAGACCGUAUGAUAAGAACAUAUCCCCAGCGGAAACCAUGGUCGUCGCACUUUUAUCCGGGGGGAGGGCUGGCAUAAUUUCCACCACAGUUACCCUAUGGCAUGUAUCCGGACAAUUCGUCGUCAACCUUUCAUCCCCCCACAUUUCAUACCACACAGUUUAUCCCAGUUCAUUCAUACCCUACAUACAUAUUUAUUUCAUCCUACCACACUUAAUCUCCUCACCUCAUAUAUAGUUUAUACGUUACACAUUUUAUCCCCCGACACUUAAUCUCCUUACAGCUCAUACCCUACACAUGGUAUCUUCCAAAACUUCACAUUUCUUACCUACACACUUCAUACCCACACAGAUGCUAUAUAAUAAUAUGAACAUAUACAUAUGUACGAGUAAUCACAUAGCUGUUUUUUUCCUUAGGAUUACAAGUCGUCCGAGUAUGGAACUCACCUCUACAAUACGAGCACUUUAUUCAUCGACACGUGUGCCUGGCUUGGGCUGGCGUAUGGGAGAAAAACUGUGCCGCCACAUGUCAUCGAGAAGAGAAUGCAGA